CAUUAAUUUCAUUCGGCUAUACUUCGUUCCUCAUCUUCCUGUUUCAAUUGCAUAUCACAAAUCCAAUUCAUCUUCCUGUUUCAAUUGCAUAUCACAAAUUCAAAUUCAGUGUGACACAUCGUAAAAAAGAAACCGUUUCCUCCUCAUCCCACUACCAUGUCGCCGGAAACGGCCAACACGACGUACCGGAGAAACCACUUCUUCCUACUUCUCCUCAUCGGAUUUAUCUCUUCCGUCAGCUCCGACGAACUUGAAUUCCUGUUGAAUCUCAAAACCGCUUUAGCGGAAUCUGAUACAAAAGUAUUUGAUUCAUGGAGAUCGGAUAAUUCGAUUUGUAACUUUACGGGAAUCACUUGUGAUGAUUCUGGAUCUUCGGUUAAGGAAAUCGACCUCUCGCAUCAGAAUCUUGCUGGUUCGAUUCCUUUUGAUUCGAUAUGUCAACUCCAAUCGUUGGAAAAGCUUGCCUUCGGUUUUAAUUAUUUGAAUGGAAGCGUUACAGAAGACCUCAACAAGUGCUCGAAGUUGACUUAUUUGGAUCUCGGAAACAAUAUCUUCUCCGGUCCUAUUCCUGAUAUAUCUUCCAUGAACGGACUUUUGUAUCUCUACGUCAAUAACAGUGGAUUUUCAGGAACUUUCCCGUGGAGUUCACUGGAAAAUAUGACGAAGUUGGUUGUUCUAAGCAUCGGAGACAAUCUGUUUGAUCAAACUCCGUUCCCGAAACAAGUUUUGAAACUGCUAAAUUUGAAUUGGUUGUACAUGGCGAAUUGUAGCAUCGGAGGUGAGAUUCCGGCUGGUAUUGGGGAUCUUAAGGAGCUUAUUAACUUCGAGAUUUCGUCCAAUUAUAUUACCGGAGAGAUUCCAAAGGAAAUCAGCAAGCUAGUGAAGCUAUGGAUGCUUCAGCUUUGGGCAAACAACCUGACCGGAACACUUCCGGUGGGAUUACGUAACUUAACGAACCUCCAGUUCUUCGAUGCUUCCACCAACUAUCUCGAAGGUGAUCUCUCUGAGAUAAGGUAUCUGAAUAAGCUUAAGAGCUUACAAUUGUUUGAAAAUGAGUUAUCGGGAGAGAUUCCGCCGGAGCUAGGCGAGUUCAAGCAACUGGUGAACUUGUCUUUGUAUCGGAAUCAGCUCACUGGGAAACUUCCUCCGCAGCUCGGCUCCUUGUCUGACUUCAACUUCAUUGACGUGUCGGAAAACUUCCUCUCCGGACAAAUUCCUCCCAACAUGUGCAAGAACGGGAAGAUGACGGAGCUCCUUAUCCUUCAGAACAAUUUCACCGGCGAAAUUCCGGCGAGUUAUUCUGACUGUAAGACGCUGACACGAUUUCGAGUGAGCAACAACAUGCUUUCCGGUGUUGUACCUAGUGGAAUAUGGGGGCUUCCUAAUGCUGAGAUCAUUGAUAUUGCCACGAACGAUUUGGAAGGAGGAAUUACAUCGGACAUCGCGAAUGCAAAAACAUUGGCGCAGAUAUUCGCUGCUCACAAUCGAUUAUCCGGCGAAUUGCCACCGGAGAUUUCAAAGGCUACAUCCUUAAAUAUGAUCGACUUAAGUCACAACCAAUUUUCCGGCAAAGUCCCCGCAACCAUUGGAGAAUUAACCCAACUGACCAGCCUUCAUUUUGAUAACAACAAGUUCUCCGCUUUAGGGUGGUUACCGACGCUUAACUCGUUAAAUUUAUCCUGUAAUCAACUCUCCGGUCAAAUUCCAUCCAGCUUAUCAUCUCCGAGGCUAAGUCUUUUAGACCUAUCCCACAAUAAGUUAGCCGGCGCAAUACCAGAAUCUCUAUCUAUCGAGGCCUACAAUGGAAGCUUCGCCGGAAAUCCUGCUCUUUGCAGCCAAAAAGUGAGCUAUUUCCGGCGAUGUUCUUCAGAUUCCCGUGGCACGUCUAGCGUACUCCGGACAGCAAUCACUUGCUUCUCAGUUGCCUCAGCUAUUGUUCUCGUUUUCCUUGCAUACUUCUGUUACUUGAAGAACAAAAGUCAAAAGGAUGAUCAAUCCCGUUCGUUGAAAGAGGAUUCAUGGAACAUAAAAUCAUUUCAUGUAUUAGGCUUCAUGGAAGAAGACAUUCUUGAUUCGAUCAAAGAACAAAAUUUGAUCGGAAAAGGCGGUUCCGGCCAAGUCUACCGCACGUCAUUAAAAAACGGGGUGGAAUUGGCAGUAAAACACAUCCGGAAUUCCGAUUCCGUUCACCGGAAAAGAAAGCAUUCCGGCAAACAAGAUUCGUCGGAAUUCGAUGCGGAGGUGGAAACAUUAAGCUCGAUAAGGCACGUAAAUGUUGUGAAAUUGUAUUGUAGUAUUACAAGUGAGGAAUCGAACUUAUUGGUCUAUGAGUAUUUGCCUAAUGGAAGUCUUUGGGAUCGGUUACACACGAGUAAGAAACUCGGACUUGAUUGGGAAACAAGAUACGGGAUAGCUGUUGGAGCUGCAAAAGGUUUAGAGUAUUUACAUCACGGAUGUGAAAAACCAGUGAUUCAUAGAGAUGUCAAGUCAAGUAAUAUACUCUUGGAUGAGCAUUUGAAGCCAAGAAUUGCGGAUUUUGGACUUGCAAAGAUUAUUCAAACCGAUUCCACUGAUGGUUCUACUCAUGUGAUCGCUGGAACACAUGGUUACAUCGCUCCAGAAUAUGGGUAUACGUACAAAGUGAACGAAAAAAGCGAUGUAUACAGCUUUGGAGUAGUGUUAAUGGAGCUUGUGACCGGUAAAAAACCUAUGGAGUCUGAAUACGGUGAAAAUAAGGAUAUAGUGUAUUGGGUAUGCAGUAAAUUGAAGAACAAAGAAACUGUGUUAAGUCUUGUUGAUUCAAGUAUCCCCGAUCUUUACAAAGAGGAUACCAUAAAGGUAUUGAAGAUCGCGAUUUUGUGCACAUCGAGGCUUCCGGCACUUAGGCCAACCAUGAGAACAGUCGUUAAGAUGUUAAAAGAAGCCGAACCAUGUAAAUUAGUAAAUAUAAUCAUCACUAAAGACGAUGAUGGUAAGAAAAAGAAUGAUAAAAUUUUGUCUUAAUAUAUGAAUGUAGGAAACAAGUUGGUACACUAGUGUAUGAUAACAAAAAUGUCAAAUGUAUCUAUCUAGAGGCAGACACCUUUUUGUAACAUAAUGC